UCUUCAGCGCGAAAGCCCAUCGCCACCGGAGCAUCAGCACCUCGGCUCUACCAGCACAGCGACAUGCGUCAGUUCUCGGUGUUCUGUCUGACGGUGGUGGUGGCGGCCACCUGCGCGGCGAUCCUCUCCGCGAGCCCCGUGGCGUCACCAGAGGCGCCCCCUGCCCCAGCGACAGAGGCGCCGGUGAUAGCGACGGUUGAGGACUUGGGUCCAGGCGCAGUGCUGCAGGACUAUGAGGAGGAGUACGAGGACGCGGACGCGCUAGCGGACGGGGAUCCGGAGGGUGAGGACAUGGAGGCGGCGGGGGCGCUCAUCUUCCGACCGCUGUUCGCCUACCGGCGCAAGAUGGAGCGGCAGGCGCGCCGCCGCAGGGAGCGGGCCCACCGAUCCUACCACCACCAGCCGCACUACAGCCACGGCCGCCACUACCACUACUAACAGCAGCGAGCAGCGUCGCUCGCCUGCUGCAGCUCUCUCGCCGACGACACCGGCCCGCACACGCCGUCGAUUCUCCAUGACUACUGUCUCAAUUUGAGACAUAUACUAUAACAAUUACUCGCCAUUAACCCUUUCGCUGCUACAGACGCGCUCUCUACAUUCCUGACGGCGGCUUUUGUUGUAAUAAGUUUCCUUUAACUUACGUGUAUGGUCGCAAUCUUUUUUGUUUAACAGAUUACCGGUUUCGUUUUUAAUGCCCAUAAUCAGAUCUGUUUCAUAAAAACAGUCCUAAUGCCACUAUAGUUGCAGUACAUUAGGACUUUGUUUUUAUGAAACAGAUCUGAUGAUGGGCAUUAAAGACCGAAACCGGUAAUCUGUUAAACAAAAAAGAUUGCGACCAUAGACGUAAAUUAAAGGUAACUUAUUACAUAUACGGGCCACUGUGUUUUUUCGCGACGAUGUCGCAGCUUGUGAGGCUUUUGUUGUGGCUGUACUGCUCUCCAGAUGCUGCUGCUUGUGCCGACAGAUUGCGUUCCGGCCGAUACGAAAUGCUUUUCAUCCUAUUUUUCGAAAACUAUUGGGUGAAAAAAUUUGAUGAUUGCAUAUCUUACAGUAUGUUAUCUUCACCUUAUAUAAGACUGAGCUUCUUUUCGUUACAUUCCGCAGUUAUUGUGAUGCAACAAAUUUAGUAAAACUAUGCCCGACUUUUAAAGAUUUUGCAGAGGCAAAAACGCAUUGCAUAAAUUUCGUGUAUAGUUGAUUUUACCUCAUACAUUGCCGUGCAUGAAAUGUAGAUAACAUAUCGCAGUUACAUUUAAAAUUGAGAGCAUUUUACUCUCGAGAUAUAUCUGAUGGACCCAAUCACGUCCUUGCGCAUCGCGAAUCGUGUGGUCAUAACAAUCAUCAUAUAUCAUAAACGAUUCAAGAUAUCGAAACGUUGGUUUUUGCAAACAACAUCGCUCAGUGAGGCACAUAUGUCGUAUGAUGAAUACUCUAAUCUAUUUUAUUCAGAAAAAUAUGGAAGUAAUUCGUCCGCAGCAGUGACAAAUCGGUGGCUCAGGACGCAUACAGACGUCCAUAGCUCUAUAGGAAAAACCUAGCAGCACAUGUAUACAGGUCCACAGCACCUGCGAAGAGCGUACCAGUAGUAUAUACACGUCCACAGCAGCAACAGGGUUAAUAAUAUUUUGUACAGUUCAAUUUAUUAAUAAACCACGUAAUG